AUGGAUGAUGAAGAAGCUAUAAAGGAAUUGUUGGAUUUUGACUUUGAUGGCGUACGAUUCGUCAUAAUCCAUGGGACAGGUGGCAUUGGUAAAUCAACUCUUGCUAAGGUUAUCUUCAAUCGAUUCUUGUUCAAAUUCAAGUACUCUAGUUUCCUUGAAGACGUCCAAGACUUGUCACAACGUCAUGGUCUUUUACAUGUGCAAAGAAAAUUGUUAUCCGACACACUAGGCUCGAACUCUGUCGAUGGAAUCCAUGAUACUAACGACGGGAUCAAUCACAUAAGAAAAGGACUUAGCAACAAAAAGGUUAUGGUUGUUGUUGACAAUGUGAACGAGAAGCAACUUGAGAACCUCGUAGGGAGCGACAAACGGUUCGGCUCCGGAAGUAGGAUUAUCAUCACAGUCCAGGACAGAAGAACAAUAAAAGAUAGGACAAUGUCUUAUGAGUACAACCAAAUGGGAUCUAGCUAUUACAUGGACUACCCAAUAAAGGAGAUGUCUUUGGAUUGA